UAAAUGGGGACUUUCCGUCCUUGUUGCGUUGGUUGGUACAGCCGAGAUGAGCUGCUGCUCAUCGAUCAGCCUCCUUCUUCUUCUUCCCCAGAUUCCCAGAAGAAAAGAACGACCAUUUCCACCUACCGGGCCGGCAUCAGGUUUUUGUCUGCAGGAGGAGGAUCGGAUCGUAUCAUCCAACAGCUAGCUGCUUGAUUUCAUCUCAUCAAGGUCGAGCCCUUCCUGACAGCGACAGAUCCAGAAAGAAGAGGCUUUUGCAUUGCAUUUGGGGAGAAGAGCAGAGGGGAGAGAGGGGGGAAGGAGGAAGGUGGUGGCCGUCGAGGUGGUGACAUUCGCUGUCGCCACCUUUAGGCCCUAUCGCCUUUCCUCUUCCUCUCCCUCCUGCCCUGCUCUGCUUCGCCCCCAACCUUCUUCUUCUUUCUCCAGCAAAGGUGGGCCUCCAUCGCGAUGGUGCUCGACUCCUUCGUCAGGCGAUGCACGGCUUCUCUGCACAACUUCGCCGGCCAGGACUCCUGCGCCGCCCUCGGCGUCGGGGACGACGUCAGGGCCCUCCUGGCCACGCUCUCGCGCAUCAACGCCAUCGUCUCCCACGAGGAGCGGAGGCGCGUCCUCACCGCCAAGCUUGACGCCUGGGUGGCGCAGGUCAAGGAUGCCAUGUACGACAUUGACGACGUCCUCGACGUCUGCAUCAUCGAGGCCGGAAAGAUCCUCGCCGACGACCGCCCACCCACGCCCAAGGUCCGAUGCUUCUCCUGCUUCAAGCCUGCUGGCCCCCGCAAGUUCCGACAUGAAAUCGGAUUCUCGAUUAGAGAUAUUGAUCUCAGGCUCAGGGAAGUCGAGGAGGAAAUGCCCAGGCUUCCUGUCGGAUCAACACACUACGAUGCAAAAAGGGAUUGGUCCAGUCAUAAUAGCGUCUGUAACAACUGUUAUGAUGCGGCUAAGCCGCAAGCAGUAGGGUCACAGGUCCACAAGGCUGUGGGUGGCCUUGUGCCAAGGAUGCUUAGGGAGGGCAAGAAGAAGGUGGAUGUCUUUGCCAUUGUUGGUGCCGUGGGGAUCGGCAAGACAACGCUUGCCAGGGAGAUCUACAAUGAUGACAGGAUGACUGAAAAUUUCCCCAUCUGUGUGUGGGUUAAGAUGUCCAAGGAUUUGUCGGAGGUAGCUUUCUUGAAGAAGAUCAUCACCGGUGCCGGUGCUAAUGUUGGGGAUACAGAGAACAGAGAGGAGCUCCUUGGCCUCCUCAGCUCUGCUCUUUCCAAGAGAUUUCUGAUUGUCCUAGAUGACUUGGACAAUCCAGGCAUAUGGGACAAUCUGCUCAAAGAUCCAUUGGGAGAUGGUGUGGCGAGAGGAAGAAUACUGAUCACAACUCGGAAUGAGGAAGUGGCGUCAAGCAUGAAGGCUAUCGUCCACCGUGUUGAUAAAAUGGACACUGAGAAUGCCUGGGCAUUAUUGUGCAAACAAGUUGAUCCGGAAUGCAAUUCAGAGGAGCUUGCAGCAUUGAAGGAUGUCGGGAUUAAGAUUGCAGAGAUAUGUGACGGCCAUCCUCUAGCAAUCAAGGUCAUUGCAGGUGUCCUGAGGUCAAGAGGCAACAGCAAGGCGGAGUGGGAGAUGGUCCUGAAUAAUGAUUCUUGGUCCAUGCCUCCAAUCGUUCCAGAAGUACCACAAGCUCUGUACGUGAGCUAUGCUGACCUGCCUUCCGAGCUGAAGGAGUGUUUCCUCCGCUGUUCUCUGUAUCCAGAAGAAUGCUCCAUUCAGCGCUUUGACCUUGUUCGGCGUUGGAUUGCUGAAGGCAUCGUAAAUGCUGGAGACAACAAGUUGCUUGAAGAAUCAGCUGAGGAGCAUUAUGUAGAAUUAAUAAGCAGAAACUUGUUACAACCUGAUCCUGACAAUGUUGAACGGUGCUGGAUAACGCAUGAUCUUCUCCGCUCACUAGCCCGCUUUUUGAUAGCAGACGAGAGUAUCUUAAUUCAUGGUCAGCAGAAAUUGAGCACCUCAUUGUCAAAGCCUCGGCACCUCACAUUCUGUAACAUGGAAAACUGCUCGGAGGAUCCAAUUUCGCUGAAGCAGCAGAUAAGCAUAAGGUCACUGAUGCUCUUCAAAAGCCCAAAUGUCAGAGCAAUAGAUCCUCUCAUCGAGUCAGCUCCAUUGUUGCGUGUAUUAGAUUUGAGCAAGACAGCAGUAGAGGCACUCCCAAGAUCCAUUGGCAACUUGGUACAUUUGAGGUACCUCAAUCUUGAUGGAACUCAGGUCAGAGAUAUGCCUUCUUCCAUUGGAUUUCUCAUUAACUUGCAGACCUUGAGCCUUCAAGGUUGCCAAAGGUUACAGAGACUUCCUUGGUCCAUCAGGGCAUUGCUAGAGCUUAGAUGCCUUCGUCUCGAGGGAACCUCCCUAAGCUAUGUACCAAAGGGUGUUGGUGAACUGAAACAUCUCAAUCAUCUAUCUGGUCUAAUCAUUGGUCAUGACAACAACGGACCUGAGGGUUGUGACUUAGAUGACCUUAAAGCUUUGUCAGAAUUAAGGCACCUUCACAUAGAGAAUUUGGAUAGAGCUACUUCAGGUGCUAAUGCACUUGCAAACAAGCCAUUCCUAAAGGAUCUAUACCUCUCUGAGAAAGCACCUGUAAUGGAAGAACAGCAACAGGAAGAACAGGAGAGCCAAGAGAACAAAGAUGAAUCAGUGAUAGAAGAGAAGAAAGAACAGGAAGUAAGCAAUGGUCAAUGCAGUGGAGAGGAAUCAGCCAAAGCCAGUGAAAAGAUAUGGAAUGAGCUCAUCCCUCCCAAGAGCAUUGAGAAGCUAGUAAUCAAGAACUACAGAGGUGUAAGGUUCCCAAAUUGGAUAAAAGGUCCCAAGCUAGGAACCUCCUUCCCCAGCCUUGUGCUUUUGGAUCUUGAAAACUGCAUGUCAUGCACUAAACUGCCUUCACUAGGUCUCCUGGACCAGCUCAAGUCCCUGCAAAUCUCAAAUGUGGACUCAGUUGUCACCAUUGGCUCGGAAUUCCUGGGCACAACUGUACUUUCACCAGCCACUUCGUUUCCCAAGCUUGAGGUUUUGAAGCUCAGAAACAUGAGGAGACUGGAAGAGUGGUCAUUAGCUGUGGAGGAGAGCCAGGUACUGUUACCUUGUCUGAAGUCACUGCACAUACAGUCCUGUCCUAAACUGAAAGCUCUACCAGAAGGCCUAAAACAUGUGGCGCUGCGUGAACUUCAUGUGGAGGGUGCAUAUAGCCUAACUGAAAUCAAGGACCUGCCAAAACUGUCUGAUGAGCUCCAUCUCAAAGAUAACAAGGCUCUUCAGAGGAUCUCCAACCUGCCCAUGCUUCAUUCCCUUAUUAUUGACGACUGCUCCAAGCUGAAGCAUGUGGCAGGCCUUGACGCGCUGCAAUACCUCAGACUUGUGUUUCCCCCAUCCACCGAGACAUUUUAUUUCGAAGAGCUAAUCAUCUUCUGGAGCAUUGCCUUCCCGCGGUGGCUGGAACUACUGAUUCAAAAGUGCAGAGGCCUGCGACGGUUUGAGUUGCAGUGCAGUCUUUCGUUACUCAGGAGCUGCCUGGACGGUGGCAAGAACUGGCACAUCGUUCAGCAGAUCCCUGAGGUGCGCAUCAUAAGUUGUGAUGGCAAGAGGUACAUUAGGUACAACAAGAGCCGUCGCAUCUACGAAACAAAUGCCCAGUCUGAAGAGUGAAGCCAUUCUGAAAAUCUUUGUGCGACACUGGCUUGUUUUGGUACAGCCACACGUUUCAGUUGUCCCUUGUGGAUUGUUCCGGGAGUUUGUAUUUAUAUUGAGAGCUUGUAUUCACGAUUGAUCCAGGAGUUUUCAUUUGUUUUGAGGGUCUUGAGUUUUUACCACUCUAUGCCUUAGAAAUCUUUCGCAACAAAAAAAAGGAUAUAUGCACUGGAAUGAUAUGAUGGUUUGGGGAGCCCUGAGGAAAAGCAUGGUUCUCUCUGCUGAAUCAGUCUGCAGAUGCUCACGUUUUCUUGACCUCUUAGUAUGGGUAUCCUUCACCAGGACUCAAUAUGUGUGUAAUUCUUUUCUGUUUCCUGGUUAUGGUGGUCUGUAAAUUGUAAGAUUUGGGUUUGAUGGAUUUUGACUUGUAUUUGCGGUUAAAUAUAAGGCCCUCUUCCUGGCUCAAAAAUAUGACUUUUGUUUUACA